AUGACCUUGUUCAUCAAAGGAAGACAGAUACUAGACUGCGCUCUUCUAGCGAACGAAUGCAUCGAUUCAAGAACCAAGAGUGGAAUUCUUGGGGUCAUAUGCAAAAUUGACUUUGAGAAAGCCUUUGACCCCGUCUCUUGGGAUUUUGUGGUCGAGAUGCUUGAGAGAAUGGGCUUUGGAAUUCUUUGGAUGAAGUGGAUACAGGGAUGCAUCACAGACACACCCCUUUCAGUGCUGGUUAAUGGCUCCGCCAAUGCUAAAUUUACCACUGGGAAAGGGAUGACCCAAGGUGAUCCUCUCUCCCCGUUUCUUUUUUUGAUAGUCUCUGAGGCUUUGAAUGUUUUUUUUCAGACAGGCCUGCACAUAAAUUUUGUGAAAUGCAGUCUUUUUGGAGUAGCAGGUGCAAGUUACUUGUCUCAAAUGGCGAUGAUGUUAGGUUGCAAAUCAGAGAGUUUUCCUUCUUCUUACCUUGGUCUGCCAUUGGGGGACUUCUUCUUGGGCUCUCAAAAGUGGGAAAGCAUUAUAGAGAGAUGCAAGAACAUGCUAUGCUCUUGGAAACGAUCAUGCCUCAAUAAAGCGGGCGGUCUUGGCAUCAAAUCAGUUAAGAGUAUGAAUAGGGCUCUUCUAGCAAAAUGGUGGUGGAGGUUCAAUUAUGAAAAAACAGCGUCAUGGAGGACUGCUAUCGUGUCCAAGCAUCAGUCAGCGCAACAAGACAGGGAGACUAAAAACCAAAUCAGAGAAACAGCUCUGGAGUGUGGAAGGGAAUUUAUUCUAUGCUGGAAUCCUUCAAGCAAUGUACCAUCCUAA